AUGAAAUGCUUUGAUCAUAAUUCACCUUAUACUUUGAUAUGUUAAGUUAAAGAUUGCAAUUAGAAAUUACUUUGUAAUCAAUGUAUGAUAAAGCAUAAUGCUCAACACUAUCCUAUGAUUUAAAGUUUAUCUGAUAUGGAUUAUCAAAUAAAAUAGGUUCCAUAAUUGCUUGAAAAGGAUCUUGAUACUUUGAAAGCUAAGUUGUAUUCAAUUUAAAAUCAUAUGACAAUUGAGAAGGAUUAGCUAAAAAAAUAAUUGAUGAAACUAUCUGAUGUUUUAAAAUCUCGUAUAAAUGCUGAAGUUGAUGAUUUUUGUUCUUCAGCUUUAGAAUAUACAAAUUCUUAUUAUAAAUAAUAUGAGACUGAUAUAGGGAGUUUACUUGGAGUAAUAUCAGAACAUUUAAAUAUGGUAGCCCCAUAUACAACAAGGGUUAGACCAAUAAAUGAAAAUCAAUUUGGAAUGUUGAUGGAUUUUCAAGAUAAGAUGCUUGGAAAUAUUUUACCAAGUCUAACAAAGAAAGCAGAAGUAAUUUCAAAACAAGUUCUAGAGAAUCAGUUAUAUAUGAGGACCGAUCAUUUUUAUGCAAUUGUAAAAACGGCACUUGGAAAAGCAUUGUAGUCUUAUAAUUUAUUUAAGAAUAAUGAAUUUUAAAUAGAAUAAAAAAGAUCUAUGCAUUUAUAAACAGAAGAAGUACCUGAAUUAGUAAAAUCAGCAUUAUAUCCAAUGAGUGAUUUUAAAAGAAAUGCAAUGGAAUUAUUAAGAGAUCAUUAAUAAUAAGAAAGAAAGUCUGCACGUAUAUAUAGAGCAGAGGAAGGAUUUAAUUUACCUAAAAAUCGAAGUUCAGCUGAAUUUAAUGGAUCUCGAUUUAUUUAUGCAAAAGCAAUAAAUACAGUAUUAAGUGGACAUACUGAUAUAGUGACUUGUAUUUGUAUAUUUUCUGAAUCUUCUUUAAUAUCAGCAGGAGGAGGUGGCAUAAUAAAAAUAUGGGAUAUAGAUGGAGGUUUAGCAUUGGGAUAAAUGAAUGAACAUGCAGGAGAUGUUUGGGCAUUAACAAAAAUUAAUGAAAGUAGUUUUGGUAGUGCUAGUGCUGAUUAAACAGUUAGAAUAUGGAAUUAUUAAAGAAUGGUAUGUGAAAGUGUUUUAGUUGGUCAUUUAUAACCUGUUAAAGCUCUAGUUUAUUUGAAAGACUUAGAAUAUUUGGCAUCAGGUAGUUUAGAUAGUACUAUUAAAAUAUGGACAAGUAAUAGACCAAAGUUAAAAUUAACAAUUUAAAAUAAUUAGAGAGUUAGAGCAUUAUGUUAUGUUUAAGCAAAAGGACUUAUAGUAAGUGGCGGAGAAAAUACUCUCAGUGUAUUUAAUAUAUUGAAUGGAUAUUGUAGAGAUUAAUUAGAAGGGCAUACUGGAGAAGUGUUAUGUUUAAAAUAUCUAUAAGAAUCACUUAUGGGUGAAUUCAUGUCAGUAAUUGCAUCUGGAGGAGCAGAUAAGAAAAUUAUUAUAUGGAAUCUUGAUAGAGCUAUUAAAUUACAUAUUUUUGUUGGACAUUAAGAAGCUGUUACAUGUCUCACAUUUGAUAUUGAAAAUAGGUAAUUAUGGUCAGGAGGAGCUGAUAGAACUAUUAGAUGUUGGGAUAUUGCUACAGGAAAAUCUAUAUUAACUGCUAAAAGACAUUCUGAAUAAAUCAGUUCAAUUGAAUAUAUGCCUGGAAGAGAAUUAAUUAUUACAGCAAGUUGGGAUCAUAGAAUUAGAGUAACCUAAAGAUCUAUUGUUAUGAAUUGA